AUGACGUCCAAUAAAUGCAGAGGGGGAGGGGCAUCCGUCAGCCCAGGUGAAGCACCUGAACGUAUUCAGAGUUCAGACUCCGUUUUGACAGAAGAACAGAAGACGUCUGGUUCAGGACUGACUGAAGUUCACAGUAUGAGUCUGAGUGUGGAUGAAGAGGAGGACGGAGCAGAGUUAUCCCAUGAUACAAACAGGGGUUUGUCCAUAAAGGAACCUCCAGGGGGCAGUAAUGAACCAGGACCCUCUGAUCCACAAGGUCAGUAUAACAGACCCAGAGCAGAGUCUCCAGUGUCCACAUGUCUGUCCAUGAAGAGUGACCGGUCCAAGGAGAGUCCUCCAUACUUUAGUCCUGAACCUGGACCUUCAGACACAGAAGGUCAGUAUAACAGACCCACAGCAGAGUGUCCAGUGUCCACAUGUCUGUCCAUGAAGAGUGACCGGUCCAAGAAACAUCCUCCAGAGUUUAGUCCUGAACCUGGACCUUCAGACACAGAAGAGACGGAGAGGACUCAUGUUCCUGAGGUGAACCCAGCGUCCUGUUCUUUGUGUCAGAAGGUCCAGAGCGAUCCGGUCCGGACCAGCUGCGGACACUGGUUGUGCAGACAGUGCAUCACUUCAUACUGGGACCAGUCUGGUUCAUCAGGAGACUCCUCCUGUCCCCAGUGUGAAGAAACAUCCAGAACAAGAGCUGAGCUGCAGAUCCACAGCUCUGUCCAAAUUGAACAUAAACUCAGUCUGAGGAGCAGAUGUGAAUGUGUGACUGAAGGAACUGAGGAAACAGGAAGUAGAACCCGUCUAAACCGGAUCUACACUGAGCUCUACAUCACAGAGGGACAGAGUGAAGACGUUCAUACCCAACAUGAGGUGAGGACGCUGGAGACAGUUUCCAAGAAGAUCAUCCAAGAAAGGCCAAUCAGGUGUCAGGACAUCUUCAAAGCCUUACCCGAGCAGCAGAAACCCAUCAGAGUGGUUCUGACCAAUGGCGUGGCUGGAGUUGGAAAAACCUUCUCGGUGCUGAAGUUCACUCUGGACUGGGCCGAGGGUUUAGAAAACCAGGACGUCAGUCUGGUGGUUCCGCUGUCCUUCAGAGAGCUGAACCUGGUCUCAGAUGAGCAGUACAGUCUGCUGACGCUGCUCCAUGUUUUCCAUCCAACAUUACAGAAGGUCACAGCAGAGCAGAUCAGUGUCUGCAAACUUCUGUUCAUCUGCGACGGCCUGGAUGAAAGCAGACUGUCACUGGAUUUCCACCACUGUCAGGUUGUUUCAGACGUCACUCAGAAGUCAUCAGUCAACGUCCUGUUGACCAACCUCAUCAAGGGGAACCUGCUUCCAUCAGCUCUGAUCUGGAUAACAUCUAGACCUGCAGCAGCCAAUCAGAUCCCUCCUUCAUGUGUGGACAGGGUAACAGAGGUCCGAGGCUUCACCACUGAUGACCAGAAGGAGGAGUACUUCAAGAAGAGAUCCACUGAUGAAGAUCUGUCCAAAAAAAUGAUCUCACACAUCAAGACAUCCAGGAGCCUCCACAUCAUGUGUCAAAUCCCAGUCUUCUGCUGGAUCAGUUCUACAGUUCUGGAGCACAUGUUGACUUCAGACCAGAGAGAAGAGCUGCCCAAGACCCUGACAGACCUGUACUCACACUUCAUCAUGGUCCAGACAAAGAGGAAGAAGAAGUACAAAAAAGGACAUAAAACAAGUCUAGAAGAGCUGACAAAGGCAGACAUAGAAGUCCUUCUGAAGUUGGGGAGGCUGGCGUUUGAACAACUGGAGAAAAGAAACAUGAUGUUCUACCAAGAAGACCUGGAUCAGUGUGGUCUGGACGUCACAGAGGCCUUGGUGUACUCAGGAGUUUGUACAGAGAUCUUCAAAACAGAGACUGUAAUCUUCCAGAAAACAAUCUACAGCUUUGUUCACCUGAGUGUUCAGGAGUUUCUGGCUGCAGUCUACAUCUACCACUGUUACACCAGCAACAACACAGAGUUUCUGAUGCGUUUCACAGUCAGUGACAGCCUCAGUGACAGCCUCAGUGACAGCCUCAGUGACAGCCUCAGUGACAGCCUCAGUGACAGCCUCAGUGACAGCCUCAGUGACAGCCUGGAUGUUUUCCUCAGUAAAGUCAUGAUAAAAUCCCUUCAGAGUGAGAACGGACACCUGGAUCUGUUUGUUCGUUUCCUUCAUGGCCUCUGUCUGGAGUCCAACCACAGACUUUUAGGAGGUCUGCUGGGUCCAAAAGAGAACAGACCAGAGAGCAUCCAUGAAGUCAUCAAGAACCUGAAGCAGAUGAACAUUAAGGACAUCUGUCCUGACAGAAGCAUCAACAUCUUCCACUGUCUGACGGAGAUGAAGGACCAAACAGUCCAUCAGGAGAUCCAAGAGUUCCUGAAGUCAGAGAACAGAUCAAAGAAGAAACUGUCUGAGAUCCAGUGUUCAGCUCUGGCCUACAUGUUGCAGAUGUCAGAGGAGGUUCUGGAUGAACUGAACCUGCAGAAGUACGACACAUCAGAUGAAGGAAGACACAGACUGAUCCCAGCUGUGAGGAACUGCAGAGAAGCCAUACUUUAUGGCUGUGGACUCUCACAGACUCACUGUGAAGUUGUGGCCUCAGCUCUGAAGUCUAAUCCUUCACAUCUGAGACUUUUGGAUCUGAGUGCCAACAACCUACAGAACUCAGGAGUGAAACUGGCGUCUGGACUGGAGAGUCCAAACUGCAGACUGGAAACUCUGAGGUUGAAUCACUGCUAUUUGUCACAGAUCAGCUGUUCUUCUGUGGCCUCAGCUCUGAACUCCAAUCCUGCACAUCUGAUAAAACUGGAUCUGAGUGAAAACAACCUCCAGAAUUCAUCACUGAAGGAGCUGUGUGAUUUCCUGCAGAGUCCACAUUGUAAACUACAGGAUCUGAGGUUGUAUAACUGCAGUUUAUCACAGAUCAGCUGUUCUUCUGUGGCCUCAGUUCUGAAGUCCAAUCCUUCACAUCUGAUAAAACUGAAUCUGAGUUACAACAACCUCCAGGAUUCAUCAGUGAAGGAGCUGUGUGAUUUCCUGCAGAGUCCACAUUGUAAACUACAGGAUCUGAGGUUGAGUAACUGCAGUUUAUCACAGAUCAGCUGUUCUUCUGUGGCCUCAGUUCUGAAGUCCAAUCCUUCACAUCUGAUAAAACUGGAUCUGAGUGGAAACAACCUCCAGGAUUCAUCAGUGAAGGAGCUGUGUGAUUUCCUGCAGAGUCCACAUUGUAAACUACAGGAUCUGGGGUUGAAUAACUGCAGUUUAUCACAGAUCAGCUGUUCUUCUGUGGCCUCAGUUCUGAAGUCCAAUCCUUCACAUCUGAUACAACUGGAUCUGAGUGGAAACAACCUCCAGGAUUCAUCACUGAAGGAGCUGUGUGAUUUCCUGCAGAGUCCACAUUGUAAACUACAGGAUCUGAGGUUGAUUAACUGCAGUUUAUCACAGAUCAGCUGUUCUUCUGUGGCCUCAGCUCUGAAGUCCAAUCCUUCACAUCUGAUAAAACUGGAUCUGAGUGAAAACAACUUCCAGGAUUCAGGAGUGAAGGAGCUGUGUGAUUUCCUGCAGAGUCCACAUUGUAAACUACAGGAUCUGAGGUUGAAUUACUGCAGUUUGUCCAAAAUCAGCUGUUCUUAUCUGGCAGCAGCUCUGAAGUCCAAUCCUUCACAUCUGAUAAAACUCUACUUAUGUGAGAACAACCUGAAGGAUUCAGAUGUUAAAGAACUGGAGGACCUUGUUCAGAGUCCACACUGUAAACUGGAGACACUAUGGAGGUGGUGAUCUGUGGAACAGUCACUGUGAUCAGGACUGUGUGAGGAUCAGCUGAGUCCAGAUGAUCGACAGAUGUGAAAGCAGCAGCACAUCCUCACUUCUUCUCCUCCACUCCUCACUUCUUCUCCUCCACUCCUCACCCCUCCCUCUGAUGAUGUCACAGAAGGUGAGGCAGACUUCCUUUAGCUCCGCCUCCUCGGUCCAUCAUGUGACUUUAAAGGCGGUGAAACAUCCUUCCAGAUGAUUCUCUGAGAUGGAUUCAUGAGGAACCACGAAGCACCGAGGAGUGGAGGAGCUGAAAAAGAAGGAACUGACCAGAGGUUUUUCAUUGGAUGUACAGUCAGUGAACCAGUGUGUUCUGUGGAUGGCACUGAGUUAUUUUGUGCUGCCACCCUGUGGACUAAUGGAGAACUACACUGUAUACCUGAAAACUGGACCUGUGAUCAGGCAAGGGACUAUUUUUGGUCAUUUCUGAAUACAUUAUAAGACAGUGACAUCAGCAAUUCCAGAGAGGACAGUGAGUCCACAAUCUGAGGUUCAAUGUGGUCUACUGGGGUCUGUCAGGUCCA